CGUCCUUUCCCGUCAACCCAAAGAUGGCGACGCGCAGAAUAGUGUCAAUGCUGAACCGAGAUGCCGGACUUCCAGCUCAUUUGCGGCGGACCCCGGAGCCAGUUCGCACAGAAGCUCCUGCUUCGCUCUACCCGCCCGUUGUUGCCUCCCUGACUGCAAAGAGUAAAGCCGCCAGUCGGCGCAGGGUGGAGGAACAUCACAAGCUGGUGCAUAAUGCCGGCACUGUGACUGAGAAACUAAAGCUUAUCACUGGCCUCCGCAGGCUCAAGUACGUGGUGUAUCCGCAAACCUUCGCCUUGAAUGCGGACCGCUGGUACCAGCACUUCACUAACACCGCCUAUGUGCCCGGGCUGCCCGAGAGAAUGGGCCCCGGGGCCCUGGGAGAGCAACAAGUGCGGGAGCUGAGGGAGUUGGUGUGUGAGGCGCUGUUACAGGAGUAUCACUACGCCAAGAAGGGUCGCACGUACCUGUACAGGAGCCAGGAAGUCUCAGCAGCCCCUUUUCUCUGUAAUCUGGUGUCUGCCAUGAGCAGCCGAUGUGCCAGCAACAACCCACUGCUCACACACGCCUCUCUGGAUCGUCAGCCUCAAGUUAACUUUUAUUGGUGUCGUGGUGAGACCACGGUUCCUCGUGGGAAAAGAAAAGGACGAGUUGACCAUGUUCGAUUUCAAAUUGACGAUAAGCCCCUGGUUCAAAUUAGGGUUCCACAACAACUUCCAGAAUUUGUCCCUCUAGAUUACACUGUUCCAGAGGAAGUACCGGUAAUCAAUAUGGAACCAAGCCGAUUGCCUCUCUUCAGAAGACAGUAUGAAAACAAUGUGUUUAUAGGUUCCAAAAUUGAAGACCCUUGUAAAUUUGGGCACACGCAGCUUCAUAUGGUGCCUGAUAAGUUCAAGCGCGAAAGACUUGCAAAGUUAAACCUUGCCGACCAGACUGAAGUUUUUCUGAGGGCCAACGCCAUUGCAAGCUUGUUUGCAUGGACAGGCGCACAGGCUAUGUACCAAGGUUUCUGGAGUCACGAUGACUUGACUCGGCCGUUCACCUCACAGGGUAUCAUCUCCGAUGGGAAAUAUUUCUCCUUUUUCUGUUACCAACUGAACACUUUGGCCUUAUCUGCCGAUUCGGAUAAAAAUCCUUCCCGAAAGAACAUUUGUUGGGGAACGCAAAGCUCUCCAUUGUAUGAAUCUGUGGAGGAAACGGACGUGAAAGGAUUUAAUGAUGAUGUUUUUAAGCAGCUGGUUCAGUUCUUUCUUAACGGCUCACAGUAGAGGCGUUUGCUGAUUUGUUGGGGGCUUGGGGCUGUAUAUAUUUACAUAUAGAACGCACUUAUGUGUUGCUAUGCAAAUAAAGUAUUUGCUGAAAGA